AUGUCACAAGAAAUAUUUAAUAACUUAAAUAAUGAACAAAAAGCAGAAAUAAAACAUAUACGUUUUUGUAAAGGUGAUGGACAACUUUCAAUUUCAAAUUAUACACUUCAUAUUUAUAGUAAUCAUCCAGAUUUUGGCGAAUUGAAAGGUGAAUUGGACUUGGCACCUUUUCCUAAUCUUAUAAAAAUCGAGUUUAAAAUCAACAUUCAACUUAAUAUUUUAGAAAGGAUUGACAUUAGUAAAAAUCAUAAAUUAAAUAAAAUAAUGAUAACAUUGAAUCCUUAUUCGCUUUUUUGGAAUUGUUAUUUUAUUUUGCUUGUUAAAAAAGUGCAAAUUAAUAGAGUAAUUAUAACUUAUAAUGAAACGUCGGGUUCAGGAACUUUUGUAACAAAUAAAUAUUUGAAUGAGCAAGCUUUAAUGUCAUAUUUAGUGGUAGAAGACAUGAAAUUAGAAGAUAAAGAUAGAAAAAUAAGACAAUUAGAAACAGAAGUUGCAAGUCUCAAACAAUCUCUUAUCGAAAAUGAUAGAAUUAUAGCAGAUUUAAAUAGACAAAUUCAACAAACGCUUACACUUAGUCAAUUUCAAGAGUUAAGUAAUCUAAAACAAGAAACUAACGGACUUGAGUUAAGAAAUAUCAAUUCCAAUGUUUGUGAGCAAAAGGAUGACAUCGAAAAUUUAACAACUAGUGUAAAAAAUAAAGCAAGCGAUAAUUUAAAAACAAUUUUAGAACUAUUCUUACAAACCAACAAACAAAUGAUUGACCUUUUGCUCGAGAACAGUAGCAAGGAUAACUAA